CGUUUAGGCCUCUGCCUCUCUCUCUCUCUCUCUCUUCCUCGCUCUGCAAUUUCAUCUGAGACAAAAGUAACUCCCUUCUGUGUAAUUUUGGCUCCCAUUGGAGGUUGCAGUACACCAGCAUUACCUCUAUCACAUUUCUCAAGACAACCCAGUUCAGUAACAUUUUGAGCUUUGAGAAAGAAAAUGGACACAACAAUGUUGGUACCGCCAUGGCUAGAGGAGUUGCUGACCUCGUCGUUCUUCACCAUCUGCCGAACCCACGGCGACGCAGCCAGGAGUGAAUGCAACAUGUUCUGCUUGGACUGCGGUGGAGAUGCAUUUUGCUUCUACUGCAGGUCUUCCAGACACAAAGACCACCAAGUGAUCCAGAUAAGGAGGUCUUCUUACCAUGAUGUGGUGAGAGUUUCGGAGAUACAGAAGGUUCUGGACAUCAGUGGGGUUCAGACCUAUGUGAUAAACAGUGCCAGAGUUCUGUUCUUGAAUGAGAGGCCUCAACCGAAAGCUGGAAUCAAAGGAGUCCCCCACAUUUGUGAAAUCUGUAGCAGAGGCCUCUUGGACCCAUUUCGAUUCUGCUCUCUGGGUUGUAAGCUUGUGGGAAUAAAGAGGAAUGGGGAUGCCAACUUUACAUUGGAGGCAAGGAAUGAAGAGGGAAAUGGAAAUGGAAGAAGAGAAGGGAUAACAUCAUCAACAACAAGGAGAGUGACAAUGGGGGAGGAAGAGUUGCGUGAAGGCUCACAACAAGACAUGUACCCGGACACGCCUCCACCACCUCCUUCUUCAACUACAAGGAGAAGGAAAGGCAUUCCUCAUAGGGCACCAUUUGGGACAUAAAACCUAAAAACCAAAUUUGGAGCAAAUUUAGCCCUCUUUCAAAAUUCAAACAAACGUAUAUUAAUUUAUUUUCAACUCUUGUUUAUGCAGAAAACCCAGUUUUAUUUUUCUUUUUUUUCUUUUCUUGGUGGGUGUACUUGGUUCAAGAAAGUGAAGAGAAAGAAGAAGAAGGGGGUACAAGUCUACAAGAGGCUUUGGAGUCCAAGAAGAAAACAAAUGGGGGUGUAUUGGAAUUGGGGUAUAGGAAAAAAAGUGGUUCCUUUUAGGUUUUGGGGUCCCAAAAACAACAAAAUUCUCUCUCAAUUGUGAAAUGUGAAGAA